AUGCUGAUAAAGUUCUACCAGCACAACCUCGCAUUGGCAUUUGCUGUGAAUGAGAUCAAUAAGAAUCCCCAGAUCUUGCCAAAUGUCACCCUUGGGUUCCACAUCUAUGACAGCUACUUUGAUAUGAAAAUGACCUAUCGUACAACUCUGGGCCUUCUUUUUAAAUCACAGAGGUUUGUCCCCAACUACAAAUGUGACACACAGAAAAACCUCAUAGCCAUCACUGGAGGACUUGAUGCUGAUAUAUCUUUCCAUGUUGCAGACAUCUUAGGACUCUACAAAAUUCCACAGCCCAGACCAGCGGCCAAGAAAAAAGGAGCAGCCGCACGAUCUGCUCGCCGCACGCCCCGACAGCAGACCCGACGCGACUCCAACGAUGACGCCUCCACACGGGUCCACCACUCGGUCCACGCAGGCCUCGUGCUGGGGAGCAAGAAACGUCUUGCCUCCACCGAGCACGAGUCCAAACUGGAGCCAGAGGGGGCGGAGAAGCCAGCAAAUGCUCUAAACUCCGCCCCCACGGCUAAGCCCCGGAUUGAGGGUCCUCCCCAUUCUGUGUGCAACAAUUACUGCCAUCCUGGUUCUCAGAAGAAAAAGAAAGAAGGGGAGAAAUUUUGCUGUUACGAUUGUGCUCCUUGUCCUGAGGGGAAAAUUUCAAACCAGAAGGACAUGCUCGACUGUGUAAAAUGUCAGGAAGACCAGUAUCCAAGCAAGGACAGAACUGGAUGCAUCUACAAAGUUAUAACCUUCUUGUCAUUUGAAGAACCUUUGGGGAUCAGUUUGGCCUUAUUAGCCAUAUCUUUUUCCCUUAUCACAGGUUUAGUAUUAAGGACUUUUGUGAAGCACAGAGAUACACCCAUCGUCAAAGCCAACAACCGAGAUAUCACCUACACUCUCCUGGUCUCCCUCCUUCUCUGCUUUCUCUGUUCUUUGCUAUUCCUUGGAGAACCCAGCAAGCUGACCUGCCUCCUUCGCCAGUCUGCCUUUGGCAUCAUCUUCACAGUGGCUGUUUAUUGUGUUUUGGCCAAAACCAUCACUGUGGUUGUUGCUUUCAUGGCCACCAAACCUGGGUCCAGCAUGAAGAAGUGGGUGGGGAAAGGACUGGCCAACUCAAUUCUUCUUUCUUGUUCCCUUGUUCAAGCAGCCAUUUGUGUGGAGUGGCUGGGAACUGCUCCCCCAUUCCCAUAUUUAGACAUGCAGUCCCUCAACAGAGAGAUUAUAGCAGAAUGUAAUGAAGGGUCGGACAUCAUGUUUUACCUUGUUCUGGGCUACCUGGGACUUCUGUCCCUCAUCAGCUUGACUGUGGCUUUCCCAGCCAGGAAGCUGCCAGACAGUUUCAACGAAGCCAAGUUCAUCACCUUCAGCAUGCUGAUUUUUUGCAGCGUUUGGUUGUCCUUUGUUCCAACCUACCUCAGCAUCAAAGGGAAAUACAUGGUGGCUGUAGAAAUCUUCUCCAUCUUGGCCUCCAGUGCAGGGUUGCUGUGCUGUAUCUUUUCCCCCAAGUGCUAUAUUAUUGUUCUGAGGCCUCAGUUGAACAAAAGAGAGCAGCUAAUUAGGAGAAAGAAUUAA